AUGUCGAAGCGAGGACGCGGAGGAUCGGCUGGUAACAAGUUCAGGAUGUCUCUGGGUCUUCCAGUGGCUGCGACCGUGAAUUGCGCCGACAACACCGGGGUAAAGAACCUUUACAUCAUUUCAGUGAAGGGAAUGAAGGGUAGGCUCAACCGUCUCCCUUGUGCUUGCGUCGGUGACAUGGUUAUGGCCACCGUCAAGAAGGGUAAGCCCAAUCUGAGGAAGAAGGUCAUGCCCGCAGUCAAUGUCCGCCAGCGCAAGCCAUGGCGCCAAAAGGACGGUGUCUACAUGUACUUUGAAGAUAAUGCUGGAGUGAUUGUUAAUCCCAAAGGAAAAAUGAAAGGUUCCGCAAUCAGUGGUCCCAUUGGAAAGGAGUGUGAUGAUCUUUGGCCUAGGAUUGCAAGUGCUGCCAAUGCGAUUGUUUAA